AUGAAACAGAAGAGAGCCAAGGCUUACCGUAAGCAAAUGCAGGCUUACCAGCAUACUUUCAAAUUCAUGCUCCCCAUUCAGUGUCUGGCGGAUUCCGAGUUGGUCUUGCACUGUGAAAAGACAGCUUUUGAACUUACUAAAGGUAUUGCCAGAACGAUUCAGAGCGACCCAAAGAUGAUGAUUACUCAAUGCUGUAUUCAACAUCUCUACGACUCGCGCAACCAGCCCGCUAUCGAGAUUGCGAAGACCAUGGAGAAGAGGCGGUGCAAUCACAGAGAGACUCUUUCGUCAUACGAGUGUAUCAAGUCUAUAGUGGAUGUCAAAGGUGAAAACAAGCACAGAUACUUAGUGGCAACCCAAGACGAGAAGCUGAGGAAGGCUCUGAGACGUGUUCCAGGUGUUCCUUUGAUUUACAUGAAUAGAUCAGUUAUGAUCAUGGAACCACUCAGUCCUGCUAGUAUGAAGGUUCAGCAGAGAAUCGAGAACGGAAAGUUGACAGGCGGAUUGAACUCAAAGCAUGCUGGUGUAAUUGAGACAGAGAAGCCUAAAGCUAUUGCUAGUGGAGAUAAGGUUGAAGCAAAUGCUGAAGGAACUGAGACUGAAAAGCCGAAGAAAAGAAAGAGAGGUCCCAAGGAGCCCAAUCCUUUGAGUAUGAAAAAGAAGAAGACUGAAAAGACAUCCGAAGAUGCAAAUGACACGAACAAUCAAAAUGAGGGAAAUGGUGACGAUUUGGGGGAUAAAAAGAGAAGAAAGAGAAAACAUAAGAAGUCUACACAGGAUACAGACGAGACGGAGGAGACGCACGCAAACCAAGAACCAGCUGAUGGUGAUGAUAGCGAGUGA